AUGGCGGAGCCGGCCAAGAACGACGCCCACAUCGUGGAGAUCCCGAUCUCCGUCGAUGGGGGCGAGGCGGAGGCAGCCCGAGCCCUCGACAAGGCGGCGGCGGAUGCGGGCGGGGCCCACCCGCUCGGGGAGAUCGCGACGAGCGCAGGCCACCUGCUCCUGCUCAAGCUGUGGCAGCGGGAGGAGGGCCGCCUGGGCCGCAGCGCGUGCGCGCUGGAGGUGCGCAUGGACGCGGCGCGCCAGGACGCCUUCUACCUCUGCGCGGCGUUCCUCGCCUUCCACAGCCUCGCCCUCGCGGUCCUCUUCGCCGCGUCCGUGGGCAGCGCCGGCUCCUCGAUCGCCGCCGCCGGCGGAGGCCCGGAGAGCGCCGCGUGCAGGAGGUGGUGGGCGCCGUCGUCGCUAUCCUUGGCGGCCUCCCUAGCGCUCACCGCGGCCGUCCCGCUGCAGGGGCCUCCGCCACACCCCGCGCGUGUCCCAGGGCUGCCACCGCCCGCGCGCCUGAACGAACCACUCUGCGCGCGUGUCCUGGGGCCGUCGCCGUCCGUGUGCCUGAACGCGAGCCGCCGCCGUCCGCGCACCUGA